GUCGGGUCCUCUGGAUACCCCGUGGCCAGCCCUUGGCCAAUUGGUAAGAAGGUGAAUCAACCGAGGUCGAUUCAGAUCAUCAGAAGAAUACAAGAAGAGAGUCAUGUUCUCUUGUUCGCAAAUUUCCCCUGUAUCACAUUCUGCCAAGUCUCUCCGGUCAACUCUCCGGUCAACGACGUCAUUAUAUCUAUCCCUGCGAACACAGAGACAGUUUCCUAUUUUCGCAUAUCCACGUCAAAUAACAACCAUGUCGUCUGCUACAUCUUUCUUCGAUUUUGAGCCUGUCGAUAAAAAGGGCGCACCCUUCCCUCUCUCCUCGUUGAACGGCAAGGUCGUGCUAGUCGUGAACACAGCCUCGAAAUGCGGCUUCACGCCCCAAUUUGAAGGUCUGGAGAAACUCUACCAGAACCUGAAGACCCAGUACCCCGACGACUUCACCGUCAUCGGAUUCCCGUGCAACCAGUUCGGCAGCCAGGACCCUGGCUCGGACGAUGAUAUCCAGUCUUUCUGUCAGCUCAACUACGGCGUCACGUUCCCAGUGCUUGGUAAACUGGAUGUGAACGGCGCUAAUGCUGCACCUGUGUGGACUUUCCUGAAGGAGCAGCAGCCUGGGAUCAUGGGCAUGAAGCGCGUCAAGUGGAACUUUGAGAAAUUCCUUGUCUCCGCCGAUGGCAAGGUUGUUAACCGCUGGGCUUCUCUUACCAAGCCUGAGGGACUCCAGGAUACCAUUAUCAAGGAGAUCGAGAAGGCGAAGAAGGAGGGCACUCUUGCUUCGCUAAAGAAGAGUGACGCUGGUGCUGAGCAGGCUAAGCUGUCGUAAGGCUGUGCUUGAGGUGUUCUUUUCUGAAUGAUUGUGGUGAUACCUUCAUCUGUUUUCUUGUAUCUAUAUCCCGGUGCUUCUGUUUGUGAUAUACUCCUUCUUUUCGGUUUACGAUUUCAGUCUACGAUGGGAAUUAUACCGAGCUGUAAUAGUAAUUCAUAUCCCAG